GGUAUAUAACUAUGAUUUUGUAACUUAUUAGUAAUUAUCUAGCACUCUGCAGUUCUACUGAGUAACAUCACGUGGCAUUCAUUCUUUGCUAGAAUUACUGAGUGCUCCCCACUAUUAUGGAGUAAUACUGUGUCCAGAUUACUAAGCACACUAAGUAGCAUCCAUUACUACUCCACAUCACUACUACUAAGCCACCAUCUCCCACCACUGCAUCACUACCAUCGUAACCAUGUUGGUCUACCCAGUCCUGUUGGUAGCCCUCGGUGCCCUAUGGCCACUGGACUGGACACCUACUAAACUGGACUCACUGAGCUCAGUGACUGGCCACUACCACGGUACCACAUGGGCCAUGGCAGAGAAGGUGACUGGAGGUGAUGAUCCUGGUGAGGAAGUAGUGGUAGUGGAAGGUACUACUAGUGAUGAAGUGGGAAAGAACAAGGAGAGUCAGAAGGGGUGGAAAGAGAAAUUAAGUGAAUGGUCUGCUGGUUAUAUUAUACUGGACAAGGAUGGAAAAUGGAAGUGGGAUAUGAAUCCAUUUAUAGUAGUGGUUAUCGUUGCAAUUGGAUUGAUGACCGGGGUGGGACCAGUGGCGAUCGUGGUAAUAGUGGUAGUGUACUUCAUUGUUUCUAUUUGUAAGUGGAUAAUAAAUCCUAAGUCCUGGUUUGGGAGCUCUGGCAGCUCUUUGAAGAAGUUGAAUGCUAAAAAUGUGGAUUAACCAACAAAAUCUUAGAUAUAUCGCUGAGUAUAUAUUCUAGAAACGACAUACAUUUAAUAUGCUGGAGUUAUAUU